AUGGCUGCGCCGGCUUUUCUACAACAAUCGCAACCUUUUAGGUCGUCCAACACCCAAGCCCCAUUCCUCUCGUCCGUCAACCCAUUUGACCGCGAUGCGACGAAACCCGUCGGUACCCCUUUCGCCAACUCGGUCCCCGUCGCAUCCUCGGUUCUGAUCCGUCGUCUUCCGCUGAAUACCUCGGAGGAAUCUCUUCGCCUGAUGGUGGUCUGGUCCAAGGAACUGGUCGACGUUGAGGUGCUUCCCGUGGACCAGUCAGAGGACAUCGGAUUUCGGUCGGCCGUUUUGAAAUUUAGAUCUACCAACGGUGCAAUCGAAGCGAAAAACAUGCUUGAUGGGAAAUCGAACAUUUCCAACGAUGCCAGCAUGAUUGUUGAGGUUUUGGGAGGUAGCCCGACCGCACCAAGGAGAUACGCUGAACCCGCAGGGAACGGGUCGUCUAGUACUACCUCCUCCGCCGCGUCUUCGGCUCCGUCCUCGCGACAACCUUCGCGCUUCAACGGCGCAUUCCAGUCCCUCGAGAAGAUCUCGCCGCCCAUGAACGGUAUCUACGGCUCCAGCGAGCUGCCCAACCCGGACUCGAGCGCACAUUAUCAGAAUCUAUUCUCACCCCAAUCUCCGAUCGGGAACCAUCUAACGGAGCGAACGCGCAUCUCUGGGAAAUCGUUGAUCAACGACGACGCCGCCGACGAUGACGAGACUGGCGAGUUGCUGAAGGACCCAGUCGCCUACGCGGAAAACGGUGCCACGGCCCAGAGAAGGGCCACCGCCCCACAGCUGCCCAUCUCGCGUUUGGCCAGCCUAUCCCUCAACACCAGCGCGACACCAAGCCCGUCUUCGCUUCCGCAGUAUGGCCAGCAAGGGAUGAGUGCCAUUUCGGCCCAUCCGGUCAUGUCACCAACCGCCAUGGGCGGAGGGCCACACAGCGUGCCAUUUCCCAUGGGAGGCAAUCAUCCGUAUGGUCGCCACAACUUUCCGCCAGUGAACCCUGCGGAUCAGAACCCGCCUUGCAACACACUCUACGUCGGCAACCUACCCAUUGACACGUCCGAGGAGGAGCUGAAAGCCAUGUUCUCCAAGCAACGGGGAUACAAGCGACUUUGCUUCCGGACUAAGCAGAACGGACCGAUGUGUUUUGUGGAGUUUGAGGAUGUCUCUUUCGCCACGAAGGCUCUACAUGAACUCUACGGGCACCCUCUGCACAACAGCGUAAAAGGUGGCAUCCGCUUGAGCUUUUCGAAGAAUCCGCUGGGCGUCAGGUCGGGUCAAACCCCGGGCCCGGCUACUUCUCCCAUGAGCGGCAUGAUGGCGGGGUCUGCCAAUGGGUUCAAGACUACCAACGGCCCUCCCCCGGGUCUCGCUGCCCCUCCCGGUCUCGGUACUGGACGGUUCAACGGCAACCCGGGCGCCCAGUCUUAUACUGUUGCCGGUUUUCCGGCGAGCGGUAAUAACAACGUCUGGAACGGAUACAACAGCAAUGCCAUGACUGCCGGCGGACCGGGCUCCCUAAUGAACGGCAACAAUUCGAAUUACCUGCCACCCCACAUGCUGGGGAGGUAG